GCUCCCGCCGGCCAGUUCCUGCUUGAGCGGCGAGGCAGGCGGGCAGCAUGCUGAGGCGGCCGGGGCCCGGGCUGGGCUCCGCGCCGCUCUCGCUGCUCCUGUGCUGGCUGCGCCUCUGCCUGGCCGGCAGCAGGGCGGCCCCGCACCUGGUGGUGGUGCUGGCCGAUGACCUGGGCUGGCACGACGUGGGCUGGCACGACUCCCUCAUCCGCACCCCGCAGCUGGAUGCGCUGGGGGCGGGCGGGGUGCGGCUGGAGCGCUACUACACGCAGCCCCUGUGCACCCCGUCCCGCAGCCAGUUGCUCACCGGCAGGUACCAGAUCCAUACAGGUUUACAACACCAAAUAAUUUGGCCUUGCCAGCCCAGCUGUGUCCCACUGAAUGAGAAACUCCUGCCUGAACUGCUGAAGGAAGCGGGAUAUGUUACCCACAUGGUAGGGAAGUGGCAUCUAGGCAUGUACAAAAAAGAGUGCCUCCCAAUCCACAGAGGAUUUGAUACUUACUUUGGUUAUCUUCUGGGAAGUGAAGAUUAUUAUUCCCAUGAACGUUGUGUGUUCAUCAGUGCAAAGAAUGCAACACGCUGUGCUCUUGAUCUUCGAGAUGGAGAAGAAGUUGCUGUUGGAUUUGGAAACAUGUAUUCCACUAAUGUAUUUACGAAAAGAGCUGUAGAUCUUAUAGCCAGCCAUGAAACUGAGAAGCCUCUCUUUCUCUAUCUUGCUCUCCAAUCUGUCCAUGAGCCCCUUCAGGUCCCUGAAGAAUACAUGAAACCAUACGCUUUCAUCAAAGAUGAGAAGAGACGUCAUUAUGCGGGAAUGGUGUCCGUUAUGGAUGAAGCUGUAGGAAAUGUCACUGCAGCUCUGAAGAGAUACGGGCUUUGGGACAACACAGUUCUCAUCUUCUCUACUGAUAAUGGAGGACAGACUUUGGGAGGUGGAAAUAACUGGCCUCUAAGAGGAAGAAAGUGGACACUCUGGGAAGGAGGAAUGAGAGGAGUAGGAUUUGUUGCAAGUCCUUUACUGAAACAGAGGGGAGUAGAAAGUCAUGAACUGAUCCACAUCUCUGACUGGCUGCCGACUCUAGUAAAUCUUGCUGGGGGACAUAUAAACAGCACUAAGCCUCUGGAUGGCUUUGAUGUGUGGAAAACUAUCAGUGAAGGAAGCCCUUCUCCGAGAAAGGAGCUGCUUCAUAACAUAGACCCUAUGUUUGUGGAUACUUCUCCAUGUGAAGAAAGGAGAUACUUAGGAUGCCUUCCAUUUGCAAGUCCUGGUAUUGACAACAGGACAUCUUCACCACAGGAUAAUUCUUUUCUAUGGGACGAUUCAAUCUUCAAUAUAUCCAUACAUGCUGCAAUUCGACAUGGAAAGUGGAAACUACUAACUGGGUAUCCAGGCUGCAGCCAUUGGUUCCCACCACCAACUUUGUUCAGUGAGUCAAAGAUUCUAUCAUCUGACCCACCAACAAAGAAACUUUGGCUUUUUGAUGUUGUUAAAGAUGCUGAGGAGAGAAACGACUUGUCUGAAAAAUAUCCUGGCGUUGUGAAAAAACUGCUCUCCCGGCUGCAGUACUACUAUAAACACUCUGUGCCUGUGUUCUACCCUGAUGAUGACCCCCGUUGUGACCCAGCAGCAACUGGAGCCUGGGGGCCUUGGAUGUAGAAUACUACAUUUGCAACCUGAAAAAUACAACUGUGAUGGAAAUUGCGGACUCAGGGUUCUAGUCACAUAUUUUGACCUCAUUUCUUUUACCCUUUUAACUAUGAUUUCAUCCCUUGGGUUAUUCAAAUCUGCUUCUUAAGCAGUAUUGGGGAUCUAAUUUCACCCCCUGAUUGUACUAGAAACACAGUUAAAAUCAUAAAUCUCUCAUUUUGAUGUUCUUUGUCAGUUAUAUGUCUCUAAAAUGGAGGGUCAAAGCUGCUGGCCAGCUGGGAAAUAUUACUUCACUUGGAAAGUUCUAAUGAGUCAUAGAGGCAAGGCUAUCCAGUUCUUUCAUAUUUAAAGUCACAUGUUUGAUUUCAUGCUUGCCAGUGGCCAAAUCUUAUAGGAGGCUAACACACAGGUUUAAAAAAAAAAAGAGAGAGAGAGAAGCCAGUUUCUGAGUUCAGCUGUCAUUACAUUUUCUUAGCUUUGCCAUACAAAUCUGUCCAGUAAUGGAUGCAUUCAGAAAUCUCUGUGUAAAAGCCUCCUCCCACUGGGCAUAAAAAGAUCUAGCUAUACACUUGUCCACUGUUGACAUAUGGUUAGAGCAUUGGUUUGAUUUUAUGCCCACCUCGGCUGUGAGUACCAACUCUUUAGGGCUUUUAUGCCUUUGUUAUCAUAGCAGAGACUGCCUUCAUCUAAUAGCUUUCAGCCAUCCCUUCAUUUUGCAUUGCCUUUUUCAAUUCAUUUCUUCUUUCUUGAGCUUCGCGGUGCAGUUUUUAAUUCUUGUGCAGGAGAUUCAAGCACUUUUCUUUGCCAGCUAAAGCACAAUGUGGAGGUUGCAAGUGAUGGCAGUACGGCUUCAUCUAUCUGGUGGCUAUUGCAUCAGCUUCACAAAGCUUCCAGCUUCUGCUAAUAUCUCUGGAAAACCUUUUCUAUUACAUACCCCUUCUUUAAGGGCAUUGACAGUUAUCUGUUUUGUACUGAUGUAAUGUUUCAAACUGUUUUUUUAGAGACCACUUUUAACUUUUCCAUUAAAAUUAGAGCUUUGAUUUUUAGGUUCUAAGGAUUUUUUUGUUGAGAUUAAUGAUGUUUUUUUAGAAGUGUGAGUGUCUAAAAGAAUUGAUUAAGAGAGGAGAGGAGAAGUAUUGCUGUACCCCAUAUAUUUUAUUUUUAGAGGAGUUGUAGCUGUGUUGGUCCCAGGAUAUUAGAGAGACAGGUGGGUGAGGCAAUAUAUUUUAUUAGACCAACUUCUGUUAGUGAAAGAGACAAGCUUUCAAGUUCAGUGUAAGGUUGAAAGCUUGUCUCUUUCAUCAACAGCAGUUGGUCUAAUAAAAGACAUUACCUCACCACCUUGUCUCUCUAGUUCUUAGAGAUAUUAUUUCCAUUUGUUAUAAUACAUUAAUUAUACAUCUGGGGAAAGAAAUAAAAUACUUCUUAUUAAAGGAAGCCUCUAUGUUCAUAGAAUAUCGGAGUUGGAAGGGACCUCAGUAGGUCAUCUAGUCCAACCCCCUGCUCAAAGCAGGGCCAAUCCCCAAUUUUUGCUGCAGAUCCCUAAAUGGCCCCCUCAAGAAUUGAAAUCACAACCCUGGGUUAAGCAGGCCAAUGCUCAAACCAUUGAGCUAUCCCUCCCCAGCUAGCAAAGGUUCCACGUAUUUGGCUCUUAUUUCUACAUUUCAGUCAGGGCUUGUUGGUCGGUUUAUCCUUCUGGAGAUCAUAACACCUCAUUAACAGAACACAAGGGAAAGAAUCUAAGAUAUUUUCAUUAUUAUCACUUUUAAGGUUUUUUUUCCCCCAAAGAUAUCCUUAGGACUCUGAUUACAAAAAUUGUGUAAGACUAAAAAAACCCACUACUUUCAGCUCUCAGACAACAGCCACUUUUGAUAUGUAUCCUGACAGCUUUUGAGCUGACUGCAGGGCUGCCGUUCACACUCAUGAUACCAUGAAAAUAGAUGAUGAAUUAAUGGUGGGGGGAAACUGACUUGUUUGAACUUUCUUAUCAGUUAUGCUAUCUAGCCCCUAGUUUAAAAGAAUUAAAGAAUGUAUAGCUUCAGUUGCAGAAUUAAAUAUAAUUGUUGCAUGUUUGUUCUCCUUCUCUCCCUAUCCCACAAUCUACACUGUUACAUCAUGCUGAUAUGACUACCAGGAAGAAGGAGGUAAGCAACUGUCAGUCACUCAGCCUUCCGCUAUUGUCCUCACUGUUUCCAAUCUAAGACUUCUAUUAUAUUUUAAAAUCUUAAAAUUCAUCAUUUACUUAGCUAUUAUUUCAGAUAAAAAUAUCCUACACUAUAUUUUUUUCUUUAGGUUGAUUCCUCUUAAAGCCUUCAAGUUGACCUGACUUGGGGGGGAAGAAACUGGCUUUCAUAUUCAAGCUGUCAGCAGCAAAGGAAAAGAAUUUUAAACUCUCCAUUGAGCUGUUUCAUUUCUCAAAGGGCAGUUUUCUUUCUACGUGUUGUGGUUUCUUGAGUAACAAUCAAAAAUACAAGCAUCAUGAGCUUUCAGAAGAAAACUUCAUUUCAUCGCCUUCCAAGCCUUCCAAUCCUUGCUUGAUCCAACAAAACUCUAUAAAUGUUUCAAAAUUGAAAGGUGCUUUUUUGACACAUUAAAAAUAAUUAUAACAUUUUAGAAAAGCAAUUGCACUUCAGGAAAUGUUGUGUUAUGCUGGCUACCCACGAUUGUGCAUUAUUACUUACUUAAAAAGAUAUAAGAUGAAGAAUGGGCAAGGCCCAGGACAAGGAAAAGAACUUGGGAGAUCUGGAUCCUAUUCUUGAGUCUAUGGUCCCAGGCUCCUCUGGGAACAAUCUGCUUAGAGUAGAGGAAACUCUGAUAUUUUUUUUUUAAAUGGACUUUUCUAGGAAUUCUUUAAACAAGGCUGGAAGGAAGCCUUCUACUUACUUCUCAAAAUCUCAUCGCAAAAAAAGCUAGGAUUUUAGCCAUCAAGAGCUGCAUAGAUUUGGACAUCCACUAGCAAUCCAUGUUGCCUCAAUUCUACCCCUGGGAUUCUCUGCUCCCUAUCUUGCUCCUUGGUAGUACAGAUCCAUAGAAAUCAUGCUACCGUGGAUGCUCCCACUUGUUACUCUCCAUAAAACCCUCCCACUCUGUUCUUUAUUGGGGAACCUACCAGCCUUUGACUUUAUGAAGAGAAUCCUUUUGCACCAGUGCAACUCCAUUCCAGGCUUGUUUUUAAGUACCUGCAGGGUACUCUUCCCAGGGCGGGGGGGCAUUAUCACUGAAGGGGAGGAAGUGAUCUCAGGGAUGGAAUCUGGGAGAGCUGCAGAGUAGGAUAUGUAGGCCAUUUAUGCAGUCAUGCCAUGUUGGUAGUCCUGGAUACUGGCAAGGCCACCUGGGAAAUAAGCGUGCGUGUAUAUAAACAGCACCCUUCUCACAGACCAGAGAGACUUGGAAGGAGCUGGGCUCCUAAGGCAAAACAACAACAACAAAAAAGGGCUAAAUUAAAAUGACACUACAUGGCACACAGAGAAACUUUGUAGGAUUGUGUGGAUAUCUAUCUUCAAAUGAGAUAUAGUCUGUAAUGGAAACUUACUGCCUUGUGAACUGAAAGUUUUACGGGAAGAAAAAGCAAGUUUAAGAUGUGGCAUAGUUUGGGAAGUGCUGAUCAGUCAGUUUUUUUAAACAGUUUUCAAACUGACUGUAUGUAUCAAAACCUCUGCUCUACCAACUUACUGCAAACAGUUCACAUGGAAUGCUGCAAACAUUCAAUGGAAUUUAUAAUAAGAGAUGCAGAUUUGGAUGUCAUAUUUUCAAAGUUAUAUUUGGAGAUAUUGCUUAUAUAGUUUAGAGAGGAAAUUGGGCCCCCAAAAUACAUUGCAUCCCCCUGUCUGAGGCUUCUAGAUGUAAUCUUGCACUGCUACACAAUGCAUAUCUGAGAUCAUUCAGACAGAUUAGCACUGCUA